AUGAGGUUCUCGCAGUUCAUCUUCGGCAUCCUGGCCAUGCUGCUGGGAGUCUUGGCUACCGACAAUGGCCUCCAGACAGUCGUCGAAUGGGACAACGGUUCUCUGCAAGUCAACGGGGAGCGCGUCAUUGUUAUGAGCGGCGAGUUUCACUAUGCUCGUCUGCCGGUUCCUGAGCUAUGGCUCGACAUCUUCCAGAAGUUCAGGGCUAACGGUAUGAACACUGUGUCGAUUUACUUCUUCUGGAGCUAUCACUCUGCUUCCAAGGGCGUGUACGACUUCACCUCACCCGGAAAAGACCUGCAGCGUCUGUUCGAUGCGGCUAAAGAAGCCGGGCUCUAUGUGAUUGCAAGACCGGGCCCUUACAGCAAUGCGGAAACGAGCGGUGGGGGGUUCGCUCUUUGGACGAGUGAUGGGAGUGGUGGUAGCUACAGGACAUCUGACGAAACCUACCGGAAAGCGUGGUCAGAGUGGAUUGCAGAGGUCGGCCCAAUCAUUGCGAAGAACCAGAUUACAAACGGCGGUCCUGUCAUCCUGACACAGGUCGAAAACGAACUCACAGAGUCCAAGUAUGACCCAAACAAUACUCUGGUCAUUUACAUGGAGCAGAUCAAGGCAGCUUUCAAGGAGGCAGGCCUCAUCGUUCCCACAACACACAACGAGAAGGGUUUCCGAGGCAAGAGCUGGUCGACCGAUUACAACAACGUCGGCGGCGCCGUCGACAUCUACGGUCUUGAUUCCUACCCUGGUGGAUUUAGCUGUACCAACCCUAACACUGGUGGAAGCGUCAUUCGUACCUAUUACCAGUGGUUUCAGGAAGUCUCACCUACCCAGCCAGAGUAUCUGCCAGAGUUCCGCGGCGGCUGGUUCCAGGCGUGGGGCGAACACUUCUUCGACGAGUGCCAGUCGGAUCUGAGCCCGGAGAUUCCUGAUGUGUUCUACAAAGACGUCAUCGCUCAGCGUGCUACGCUCUUGAAUCUGUAUAUGACUUAUGGAGGGACUAAUUGGGGGCACUUGGCAGCUCCCGUUGUGUACACUUCUUACGAUUACGAUGCGUCGAUUCGGGAAACUCGCGAGGUUCGCGACAAGUACAAGCAGUACAAGCUCAUCUCGCUCUUCACUCGUGUCAGCAAAGGCCUCCACAACACCGUCAUGGAAAGCAACGGAACCGGAAACGCAGUCAGCACUCCAGAUGUGUUCACCUGGGUACUGAAGAGCAAGGACAGCAACGGAAGGUUCUACCUCACUGAAAAGAAUGACACCAGGUCCCGAACAGUGACUGAUUUCUCCUUGAACGUCGACACUUCGGUUGGCAAAAUCACAAUCCCAAGUCUCCAGUUGAAUGGGAGGCAGGCGCGAUGGGUAGUGACCGACUACGCUCUCGGAAAUGAGACUUUGCUGUACUCAUCUGGCGAAGUUCUCACUUACGGAAUUUUCGACCAGCCUAUCGUAGUGUUGUACCUGAAAGAAGGUCAGACCGGAGAGUUUGCAUUCAAGACGCAGAAGAAUGUUACCUUCAAGUCAUACGGCGCAGAUUCAGGCCUCGCCCAGGUUUCCACCAACAGCUCGAGCUACGUCAGCUUCAAGUACAAGCAAGCCAAGGGAGCUACCGCUGUGCAGCUUUCGAACGGUGUGCUCGCAUACCUGCUAGAUGUUCCGACUGCGUGGACUUUCUUUGCUCCUCCCACCACAGCAGAUCCGAAUGUCACCCCCGAUCAUCACCUUUUCGUGGUUGGACCCUACCUAGUACGGUCGGCUAGUGUAUCCAGCGGCACGGUAUCCGUCAUCGGCGACAAUGUCAAUGCUACAACUAUCGAGGUCUACGCUGGCAAGGAUGUCGCAGAGAUCUCUUGGAACGGGAAGGGCCUGACGACCUCCAAGACCUCGUAUGGCAGUCUCACCGCGGAGAUCACAGGCACUGAAGAUCGCAAGAUUGACCUCCCUGCACUGACAAGCUUCAAGGCUGCCGAUUCAGCACCCGAGAUCUCGCCUUCCUACGAUGACAGCAACUGGGUCGUGGCGAACAAGAACACGACGCUCAACAAGGUUAAGCCAUUGACUCUGCCGGUACUGUACAGCAGUGACUACAAAUUCUACGCUGGUACCAAGGUCUACCGUGGGUACUUCUCUGGAAAGAGUGCUGCAUCUUUGAAUAUCACGGUGCAGGGUGGUGCUGCAGCAGGGUGGAAUGCCUGGCUCAACGGACAGGCGAUUGGGUUCAAUCCUGGAAAUGCUACGUUGUGGGCGACCAAUGCAGUCGUCCCUUUCAAGAAUGUUACCUUGAAAGAAGAAGGGAACGUUCUGACAGUUGUAACCGAUUACACUGGCCAUGAUCAAACAUCAACCGGACCCUCGGGUGCACAGAACCCAAGGGGUAUCUUGGGUGCCCAGCUCUUGACCGCCAACAACACAAAACUGAACUUCGACCUGUGGAAGAUUCAAGGCAAUGCUGGUGGUGAGAAGAACAUCGAUCCAGUUCGUGGGCCACUAAACGAGGGUGGUCUAUACGGAGAGCGUCUUGGGUGGCACUUGCCCGGAUUCGACACCGAGAGCUGGGAAAAUGCUAGUCCUACUGAAGAUGGUGUUGAAGGAGCAGGUAUCAGGUGGUUCACAACGGCUUUUGACCUCAAAAUCGACGAGGAUCUCGAUGCUCCUAUCGGUGUCGAGUUUGGCGCCGCCGCUGGCACAGUCGCUAGAAUCCAGCUAUAUGUGAACGGCUACCAAUAUGGCAAGUAUUUUCCGCAUAUCGGCCCCCAGACUCGAUUCCCGAUCCCACCUGGCAUCCUCAAUUUGCAGGGCCGGAACACUUUGAGCGUCUCGGUGUGGGCGCAAACCGACGCAGGCGCGAAACUCAGCACAUUGCGAUUGAUCUCGUACGCCAGCUACGAAAGCGGUUUUGACUUUGCCGGCAUUGACGGAAAGCAGCUGCAGCCGAGCUGGAAGGACCGAAGUCAGUACGCGUGA